AGAAGACGGAAUGAGACACCGGCAGGCAAACGAUCUUUUUGCCGGUAAUACAUCCUUCCUCGACAAAGAAAUAAUUCUUCUAUCGCAUUCAUCUAUCUCAAUUCCUAUGGUGUAUUCUAAAGUGCCAACGACGACAACAGCCUCAACGACCCCGUCGCCUUAUUUGGCUCAAGCAGCAUCACUACAAGACGAGCAGUCGCGAAUAAGGAAUGCCUUUGCGGCCUUGGAUCAUGACAGAGACGGCUACAUAGAUACCCGUGAUUUAUUGAACGUUUAUUCAAAGACUUUUUACGGAAAGGAAGGCUUAUUUAUCGAUGAAGCAAUUGUCAAUGCUUUGAUCGAUCUGGCAUCGACUCCAUCACCUACCGCUUCACCCACCUCGCCCUCCUCGAACAACAUCUCCUUUGAGCAAUUUCGUCAAUUGAUCAAUAAAUAUAACAUAAAUAUUCUUCCAUUGAGUACCGAUCUUGCCCAAUCUCAGAAGUCAUUGGAAACCUUGUUGAGUGAUUUGGUGAACCUUGGUCACAUGAAAGAGACUCUGGCGCAACAGCAGCUGAUGGCUGAACAACAGGAAGCAGGGAACAGCAGACCUUAUUUAUUGACAUGGCAAUUUUGGGCGUCUAGAUUCUCGUUGACGGCUGUUAAGCAUCUUAUAGCUGGUGGAGUUGCUGGAGCUGUGAGCAGGACGGUGGUGAGUCCAUUAGAGCGAAUGAAAAUCCUGUUUCAGGUUCAAGGACCUGGUAAGGAAUCAUAUCACGGAAUAAUACCAACACUUAAAAAGAUGUGGCAAGAAGAAGGUCUUGUCGGAUUUCUUCGCGGAAAUGGAACAAAUGUAAUUCGCAUUGUUCCAUACAGUGCCACUCAGUUUGCUGCAUAUGAAAAGUAUAAACGUCUUCUCUUGGAAGAAGGUAAAGAAGAACUAGAUGCAAAGCGACGUUUGGCAGCAGGUGCAUUAGCAGGAAUAACGUCUGUCACAUGCACAUAUCCACUGGAUCUUGUGCGGACCAGGCUCUCCGUACAGUCUGGUACUAUUGGUCGAAAAGAAGUGCAAAAAAAGGUGCCAGGCAUUUGGACAACUAUAAAGCAUAUCUACAAAACUGAAGGAGGUCUUUUUGCAUUGUAUCGAGGGCUAUCCCCCACACUCGUGGGUGUGGCUCCAUAUGUUGGAUUAAACUUCCAUGCGUACGAAGUCCUUCGAAAGUAUUUUACGCCUGCGGAUCGUACAUCCCCACCAGUUUCACAAAAACUUCUCUGUGGAGCCAUGGCAGGAGCAUUCGCUCAGACAAUAACAUAUCCGUUAGACGUACUUCGCAGACGCAUGCAAGUGACCGGAAUGGAUAGGAUGGGAUAUAAAUACAAGAGCACAUGGCACGCUGUCCAAUGUGUUAUGGCCGAAGAGGGGUUAAAAGGUUUUUACAAAGGCAUGAUGCCGAACUAUCUUAAAGUUGCGCCUGCCAUAGGUGUCAGCUUUGUUACAUAUGAAGCAUGCAAAGAUUUACUAGGUGUAUAA